AGGAAAUCAGAAUACAAAUUUUAAAUCCAUAUACUGCAAAAAAUGAAUUUGAUCAUACUAUGAUUAAAUAUAUUGGCAAGGUUUUGAUAGACUUGAUCAAACAUAAUGUUGAACCUAUGCAUGAGCAUCUUAUUGAAAUGAGUGGAGCUCCUACUGAUUUUUUAAAAAACCAUCCAAUUGAUGAUUCUCAUAAAACACUUUGGGAACGAAUUGACUCUUUGAAUGCUAUACUUUUAACUUUCCUUAACUAUGAUAUUCAGUUUACGUGA